CCGACGCUCUUCUCCUCUCUCUCUCCCGCGCCCAUCCCGAGACGCCCCUUGGGAAGGGAAUGUUUUAAGAAGCCUCCCCGCAUCUCCCGACCGGCAUCUUCCUUUCCUGCGCCCUGUUUUACCUCAGACGAUCAUGCAGAAGACGACGAUCUUGCUAUGGGGCUUGCUGCUGCUUUCCGGGGGCUCAGCAGGGACCAAGGAACAGUGCACCACAGGGAAAUUUACUGCCAGUGGGGAAUGCUGUCGAGCCUGUAACUCUGGGGAAGGAGUUGCCCAACCUUGUGGAGUAAGCCAAACUGUUUGUGAACCUUGCCUGGACAGCAUCAGCUAUUCAGACACAGUGAGUGCCACUGAGCCAUGUAAGCCCUGUAAGGAGUGUGUGGGCCUGGAGAGCAUGUCGGCUCCUUGUGUGGAAUCGGACAACACCAUCUGCAAGUGUGUCUAUGGCUUCUACCGGGAUGAGAACAAUAAAUGUAAAAAGUGCCGCAUCUGUGAAAUAGGCUUUGGACUUGUCUAUCCUUGUGGGGAAAAUCAGAACACAUUAUGUGAGAAGUGCCCGGCGGGGACAUAUUCUGAUGAAGCCAACCAUGUGGACCCCUGCUUCCCUUGCACAGUGUGUGAGGAGGAUGAGAUCACUGAGGAGGACUGUACUGCAACAUCAGAUGCCAAGUGCAGAGCAAUUAGUCCAAGAUUUGCGAUGACAACCACAGUCCCGAUGGAUCCCUACACCGCCGAUAGAAAUGCAGAUGCAAAUACAGAUGUAAUCGUAAAUGUGGAACACGCAACUAAUCCACAAUUUGCAGUGGCAACGAAGACCCCGAUGGAUUCCAAUGCCAGUGAUGCAGACCCAGAUGCAUUCAUAGACCCAGAUGUAGACAUUGACCCAGAUGCAGUCAUAGAUAUAGAACAUGAUUUUUACCCAGGGACUCCCAAAAGUCCCUUUCCUAUUACAAAUUUUUCAGAGACUAUGGAUAUUUUGGAGACCACUGUAAUGAGCACCACAAUGACCACUAUUAUGGGCAGCUCCCAGCCUGUCAUUAGAAGUGGGACAGCUGAUAACCUCAUCCCUGUCUACUGCUCCAUUUUGGCAGCUGUGGUGGUGGGUCUGGUGGCAUAUAUUGCCUUCAAGAGAUGGAACAGCUGCAAACAGAACAAACAAGGUGCCAACAAUCGUCCUGUCAACCAGACGCCUUCCCCAGAAGGAGAGAAACUUCAUAGUGACAGCGGCAUCUCGGUUGAUAGCCAAAGCCUCCACGAUCAACAGCCACCAACACAAACAGCAUCUCUACAAGGUCUUAAAGGAGAUGGGAAUCUUUACACCAGCCUGCCCCCUAACAAACGCGAGGAGGUUGAAAAGCUUUUGAAUGGUUCCACAGAGGAGACAUGGCGCCACCUGGCCGGAGAACUAGGCUACAAGGAAGAUCACAUAGACUCCUUUACACAAGAGGAAUACCCUGUUCGUGCACUGCUCUCUGAUUGGUCCAGCAAGGACAGUUCCACCAUGGAUGCCCUUUAUUCAGCCUUGCGCAAGAUUCAAAGGGGGGACAUUGUGGAAAGCCUUUACAGUGAAUCCACUGCUAGCUCUCCAGUGUGAAGGAGAAAGAGGGGGCAGAGGCAUUCUGAGUUAGCUCCUCAUUUACCCUGCCCCACUGGUGCCUCUUGGAAGAAGAACAUGUGAAGGAAAAAUAGAGCUCAUUCUUUCUGGGGCACUGGAACAAUCCUGUAAGCACUGGUUUAGUUGUUUUUCUCUCUCUGCCCUGCUGUCCUGGUAUUUUCGUCCAAUAGCUCUUGCUAGUAACAGACAAUAAGAUGGUAAAAGGAAAUGAAAGAAGAGAAAGGGAAUUUAUGUCUUGCUUAUAGUCUAUGUGCUCCUUAAAAUCUCCUGGACUGAUAGUGGACUGCUGAUUCUGAACUGAGACAAGAAUGAAGACAGACAUUUGUCCAAAGCCAAUUGCUUGACUUCUCUUUCAGGUGCCUCUGACAUUUAUCCCAUGCGCUUCUCUCAUUAUCCCAUCGACAUUAGUUCUGUUUCUACAUCUUCUUUCCUUCAGUCACCAGUUUACCCUAUUUAAGCACAUCUGAAAUCAGGAAGAAGAAAAAAAAAAAAACCAAGGAGACCAGCCAGAUAUGUUACAGAGUGAUGAAGGAUUCAAAGAAGGCAGAAAGAGCAGGAAUGCUGGGCUUGAAACAAGGAGACAUAUGGUGUUUACAGGACAAAGUGAACAUUUGUUUUGAGGCAACCUCCUGGAGGGUCUCUGAGUGGGGAGAAAAGAAAUGUGGACCAAGUUUCUAGCUAUCAAAACUGACAAUAUGAAGAUCAAAGUGGGAAGUUAAAGGAUGGAACCCAAAAGAGAAAAUAACCACAUUUCCAUCCAAGUAUUGGUGACCACAUCAAGACUAUAUUUGAUCUUGCCCUUGUUUUCUUGCUCAGAUGCAUUCUUCCUAGCUAAUAAGGAUUUUUUUUUUAAAAAACCCUCUUCCAUUUUCCUCUUUCAGGGUUUGACUGAAACCAAUAAAGUCAUAUAAACCCUUGCUUAAAGGAGCCAGGUAAUGGCCGCCUUGAGUCGCCAUGUGCGAAUAGACGGCAAUAUAAAUUCCCUAAAUAAAUAAAAUAAGCCACACUGAUGAGUGGACCUGAUCAGAAGCAAACAAGGCAAGUGGUCAGACAUAUUCAUUCAUUUUCCAAGGGAUGCUGCUUUGAUGAAGCCCUACGUUCUUCUUCAAACUGGUAAACCAAUCACUGUGUGUUAAGAAGCUGUUAUCUCUGUUGCAUUAAAAGGGGAAGCAAACAAACAAAAAAUCCCUUAGUGGCCUUAAUGCACAAAGUAGGGCAAUCGAUAUGAAAAUGUAGCUACUCUCAGAGAUAGAAUUUUGCUGAAUGUUAUUCCUGUGUCAAGUGAUGUACAGCCACCAAAGCAACCUGGUGUUUUCUGUUUUCAAAUAUUAGAGGGAUAUGAAAGUAUUACGGGGAUAGGAUGGUGAGGAAAUAUUCUACAAGCUAACAAGAAACACCAAAAGCUCUUGGGCAAAAAAAAAAAAAAAAAGAGAGAGAGAGAGAGAGAAAGAACUGGAACUGAACAAUGCCCUCCCUCUGUAUCUGUAUUACAAGAUUUAUGUUGGUUUCUUUUAUUCUUAUUCUGAUGAUAUUCAUAUAGACCCAAUGGAAAAAAAAUGGUGGCAUUUGAAAGCUGGUAGCGUUUUAAACAGUUGUCUGGGUUGUUCAUGGGAAUUUUUAGCUGCUCAUCUUGUUUCUCUGGUUUAAAACUGUGGAGAAGAAAUCUCUCCAUCAUAUGUAUGCACGCACACGUAUAUAUAAAUAUAUACUUAGAAAGUAAUGGGAAUACUUCCUGGGGAAUGUUAGUUAGGAAUGCUAAUUAAUUUCCUUUCUCAACCAAGAGAUGAUUAGGGAAGCUUGUCAGGCUGCACAAAGUGUUGCUAUUCUGAUCAUUUUCUGUCAUCAUACCAGUUUUAAUGGUUUGCCUCACCAGAAAACUUCUAUUUUAACCUUGACAUUUUUUCUGUCAACAAAACUUAGUAGCAAUUUUAAAUAGGAUGGUACAAACAGAUUGAGGAAAGUUAAUUACCUUUUUGCUUUCUAUUUAAAAACUUUUUACAGAACAACUAGAACCAUGUCUUUAUUCGUAGAAUGUUGCUAUUACAUAAUGAUAAUAAAGGAGCCAGAGGAAGAGUAGUAAUAUAUCUAAUGGACUCCUAAAUUGUUUAGAAGGAAAAUAUGGAGGUGCAUGGAGGUACUUGUGGCCUUGCUGAUUUUGGGUCUAACUACUGGCCUACCUAGCUUAACAUUCUUCUUUGAUCUGGCAGCAACCUUCGUUUAUUCAGACAGAAGCCUUUUCAUGUCAAUUCUGAAACCCAGGUUCCCUUUUUAUGGUAUGAAGGGCAAAAAGCCUGUGAAGACACACAAAGCAGGCACUUUACCUCAGAAGUCCAACUCACAAUCUAGUUCAACCUCCUCUUGGUAUACAAUUUGCAGAUAACUCUAAUGGCCCUUUUCUCUUUUUGUAGAGAUAUGUGCCUUGUUGUGCAGUAACUAUCCCUAAAGAAGCAAACAGAGUGCCAAAUGUUUUUGCUUUUCUUGAACAUGCAAGUCCAUUAAACAACUCUGCCUUUUAAGGUCCACUUCAUUAAGCCCUUCAUUUUUCUUUUGGGACAACCAAAUCUCCACAGAUUAAGAAAUACAGGCAAGAUAGAAACCCCACUUGAAUUUCAGAUUACAGCAAGCAGCUAUAGCAAAAUAUAGCAAAUGGCAGGUAAAUUUUGGCACAUGACACACAUGAGUUGGAGCUUUUGUGCAAAAGAAAGGAAGCUCUUCUUCUUCUAAAUGCUGUUCCUUAUUGUUCUGAAGACAGAGUAGGAACAAGAAAACCAAUAAAUAUAAGAGACUGAAUGAUUAGUAUUUCUGAAUAAUAAACUGAGGUAUAAAUGUGUCAUAUUGUAACUGUGUUAUGCAACAGCUACAUCUCUUUCCAAAAUCAUGUUUUCAGCUGCAUAAUCCUAGGAAAAGAUUGGACUGUUUUAAAAUGUUGCAAAGAUAUCCUAUGUUUGUCUUUCAAAGCUUUUUUGAAUGAAAUCAGAAAUGUGGUACAGUUAUGUUGACUAUCAUAACCAUGUGGUUGAUAGGUGCUGUUAGUACUUGCAUAUGAAGACUCCUCCUCAUACACGACUAACAAGGACACAGUAUCAGUGAAUAACAGUGUCUUUGGAGUACAACUUUUUCUUUUUUUCUUUUAACCAGGAAGUUAAAGGAUGUUGAGUUCUUAUGCUAACAAUCCGUAAAAAGAGAUGGAAAUAUGAUAGGGCAAAGAAAGGUAGAGCCUACUUAGUUGAAAUUUGGCCUAUUUUACCUGGAAUGAAUUAUCCUGAAUAGAGUAUAUCUCUAUAUCAGGGCCAUGCUUAGUUGUAAAGAUACAUGUGUAGAAGAGAAUAAAUUGGGAGAAUAACACUUUAUUAUAAAUCAUUGUUGGCAUAUGUCUCCAUCUUAUUCACUGCAUUGAGCACAGUAAACCUUUGUGGGUUCAAAUGCCAGACUAUCCAAAAAGCUCAAUAGUUCCUGCUAGUCUCCUGCUAGAGGGUUGAAGGAGACUAAUUGGUUAUUUUCUCAUGUCUACUUAAAAUGUGUAUGAGAGUGUGUGUAUACACACACUUCUACGCUAGAAUCCAUGUUACUUAAGGAAGGCAAUUGGAUUUCCAGAUUUGAUGGAUUCAGGAAAACCCUUCCCUCCAUUCCACUGGAAAAAGGAAGUUUCCAAAGCUGAAUUUCUUCCUUGAAAAUUAGAACUUUUUCUCCAAUCUUGGUUGAAUGACAAUUUGUAGUUCAAAUCCUUUUGUUUCUUCAUUUGUUUAUGUGGGGGUUUUAUAUCUUAUCCCAAAAUCCUGAAUAAAUAUUUCUCUUGACAGAA